GCAUACCGCGUUGUAAACAUAAUUAAAUUACUUUCCAUUUUGUGAAGAAGUUAAUUUACUGAUACACAAAUUCAUAAAUGCUUUGCUCGCUGAUAAAGUAGGAAAUUCGAUUAAACCAGCUGUGAGUUUAAUUAAAAUAUGUUAAAAGUAAUUAGAUCCAUGAAAUAGAGUGGUAUAGUCGGGGAAUGACCAAGUUGUGGAUUUCUAUUGGAUGAAUAUUGGGAGUUCCGUUCAGAUAUGGACUAUUCUAAUUAUAGACUGGGUGAGUUUUUGAAAAGUUUCAUGUAUUGGAAUAUGUUCGCAGGCUCUCGCAUUUAGUUAGCAGACGCCUAUGUGACAAGCUACGCGGUGUUUUUGUUUUAUACAAUUUCAGGUGCAUUUCGUUAAGUGCCUUCUAUUUCGUCGUGUUUUAUUGCAUCAAAUGACAAAAUGUGAAACGUAUUAACAGUAUCGUAUAUCGUACUUUAUUGUCAGUAGUUAAUCAUUCUUAAAACGAUCGGCGUUCUUUAUUGACGAAUACUGGCUAUUAAUUCAAAACAAACACAGUGAAAAUUGCAUGAAAAUUGCUCUAUACACAGGAUACCAGUUGUUUUGUAUAUGAAGUGUAACAAAAAAAUUGAAAAUAUUUUGAUUCCGCGGCAGACGACAGGAGUUUUAACCAUACAGUAGCAGACGAUAGGGAUUUUAUUGUUAAGCAGACGACAGGAUAUUCAUCAUCGUUGGGUGUUUCAACAACACAUGGACCCGGCUCGUGCGGGGCUCGAAGCUAUGACAAGUGGAUCUCGGGAAGUAGUUCAUCAUACAACAGGUGGAAACAUGCAUUCUGGGAGUCAAUCAGCCAAUCAAAACGGUCACAUGGCACCUCAUAGUGUUAAGUCAUGUGCCGGAUGUGGCGGUCGGAUCAACGACCGGUUUCUACUGCACGCUGUGGAUAGGUACUGGCAUACCGGAUGUUUGAAAUGCUCCUGUUGUCAAGCACCACUGGCAGACUUCAAUUCGUGUUUUACAAAAGCAGGCAUGAUACUGUGUAGGAAUGAUUACCUCAGGUUAUUUGGAAACGGUGCAGCGUGUGGAUCAUGUGGUCAGACUAUUGGCGCUAGUGAACUUGUGAUGAAGUCAACAAAUUCUGUGUAUCACGUGAAAUGCUUUGCGUGUGUCACGUGUCAUAAUCAGCUGGUUCCCGGUGAUAGAUACAGUAUUGUGAACGGUUCCCUAUUGUGUGAACAAGAUUAUCCAAAAAUGCUCAAAGAGCAGGGACACAGUCAACUUCAGGGUCGAGGGAAUCAGAAAAUGCAAUUUUCAACGGCGAUGGUGUGAAAGAAAAACGCUAUGAAUAUUGUUACUUCAGUUAUUUAAAGUUCGUUCCAUAUUGUUAUUUUUUAGUAUUUUGAUCAACAUCAUUUUUAUCAUAACUCAGUGUUUUGGAAACGCGUGAUAGUACCUUUUACAAUAUACGAUAACUUUAUUUAUUUGGUUGAAGAAAUAUUGUUGGGACUGAUAGAAACGCCUGCAAGAUUUUGUCAUAUCAUCUGAAGUAGAAAAUAGUGUAGAGGGCAUCUCAGAGGAAAACACGGCAAUUCUGCGUGUUAAUGUGAAUGGUGCAAACAUAGGCGUUAAACUUUUAAAAUAAAUGACAGUAUGCUGUCUAUUGAGAUUAAUGUUUUAAUGACACUAAUUAUACAAGAAACACACGUGAAGCAAACAAACAGUAUCAUACGGAUGUACUGUGUGAAAUUUGCUGUGACAGCAUCAUGACAAAAAUUGUAAAUUAGUUGAUGCCAUUGCGCGUGACAGAAUUAAACAGUUGUAACGCAUGACUAGAUGACGUAAUGCAUUGUGUGACGCAGAAAUAAAAAUUGAAGUAAUGCUCUUUACGUAAUUUCCGCACGUGCAUAUGAUGUUAAUGCGCAUGCCAAUUUAUAUGAACGUUGGGGAUCAGUGAUGGUAGUGUGCAAGUCAAAUAAACGCUUGAGUGUGCAAUGUUUGACUCUGGAAGUGUCAUGUUUUGUUUACAGUUUGUGAUUAUAUUACUUAGUUGUAUCGAGUGUGUAAAACACACAAUAUUAUGGGACGCAAAUGACAAGAAUGUGUCGCGCAUGAAAGUUCUACGAAGUAACAGAUGGCGUGUUUAUUAAACGCAUUACUUAAAAUGAUAUACAUGUUGCACAGUGAGCGUCUGUGACGUUACAAAAUGGUAUGUUUCACGUACACAGUGCGUAUUUUACAAAGUCAUCGGUAAUUCCGGCGUUCUUAUAGUGCUCAUGACAUGAAACUUGGUUUGCGCAAAAAAGAAGUGAUGUCACCAUCGCCGAACGCGUCACAGAUGUUCAGCGACUUCCGGUUGUUCGCUUUGUAACCCAAAGUGGCUUUGUUGCUCAGAUUUUAAUUUUCUCUCUCUAUUAUUUUCAUAUUUUAUUGUUCAUUAUACAUGUUGGAGAGUGUCGCUGGUACUGGUACGUACUGUCUUUUUUCAUUAUUUCACAUCUGUUCUUCUCGUACAGCGAACAUAUAAGAGAGUAGCACGAGGUACCAGAUUUACGAUUGGAAAAGCCUUUUUUUUAUUUUUGCCAUUAAAUAUUUAAUUAGUUACGUGUCUUGCACGUGCAUUUAAGUGCAAGCUGUUGGUAACACAUGUGUACUUAAAUGUAAUUUGUUAUAUUUUUUUUCUAAUUUAAAUUUUAUUGUAUUUAUUAUACCAAACCGAUUUUAAAGAGGCAUGCCUUUGAUUUAAUGUCAAAUUUAUUCUUUAUUUCAUUUAAGACGCAAAGAUGUGAAAAUAUUUGUUGAUUUAACGACCACUACUGAAUUAAUGUUAACAUUUUGCCUAUGUUUCUUUUUGGAUAUAGCGUAACUGUAUUUAGAUAUAUUUUAAAAAAGGAUUGACAAACGUAAUCUAAGGACCUUCGUGGUCAAGUGGUUAUGGCCGCGGAUGUCAAAUCACUUUCCCUUCACCGCUUUGGAUUGGAAUCCCGUCAGAGACUUUGGAUUCUUUCAUGUGACGAAGUUAUACAGUUAGCUUAAGGCAAAUCGGUGGUUCUACUCAAGUGCUCGCUUGUGCCGUUUGAUCAUGGUUUUCAAUGUUCGCUUUUUAGUAAUGCAUUUUGUAUAUAAAGGGCAUGCCACUUUAAAACCGUUUUACAGUUUUGUAUGAAAGUUGUACAGCGUGAGCACAAUCAGCAAGUUUUCUUCAACAUUUCUAUUUUUAGAAUGAUUUUAAAGCGGCACACCUCCAGAUAAUUUUCGAUUUUUAUAAAAA